UGAGCCGCUGGUGCUGGACGAACGGGACAUGGAGCAACUACUCGAACUACAGCUUCUGCCGGGACAUGCACGAGACGUCGGUGGAGGGCGGCACCGAGAUCAUCUCGACGACGAUUUAUUUCGUCGGCUACUGCCUGUCUCUGUUCACCCUGGUCGUCGCUGUUUCGAUAUUCCUCUACUGCAAGGAACUGAGGUGCCUCAGGAACAACAUACACACGAACCUGAUGCUCACCUACAUCCUGGCGGACCUAAUGUGGAUCCUGAACAACGUGACACAGGUCUCCAUGCAGCCAGACAUACCGACCUGCAUCGUCUUCCUCUCCCUGCUGAACUAUUUCCAACUAACAAACUACUUCUGGAUGUUCGUGGAAGGGUUGUACCUGUUCCUGCAGGUCGUGAAGACUUUCACUACGAACAACGUCAAGCUGAGGCUGUUCCUUGUCAUCGGCUGGGGUAUGCCGGUGCUGUUCAUCGCGGCGUGGGCCAUCGCGAAAUCGCUCGAUCGGACUAUCAUGACCCCAGCGAAGCAGGAGAUCGUGCUGGGGAAGCAUUGUCCCUGGAUGGUGUCGCACCCUUACGACUGGUUCUAUCAGGCCCCGGCUAUUCUGGUGCUCUGCGUCAACGUCGUGUUCCUCGUCAUGAUCAUGUGGGUGCUGAUAACGAAACUCUGGUCAGCGACGAACGCGGAGACGCAACAGUAUCGGAAAGCGAGCAAGGCGCUGCUGGUGCUAAUACCGCUGCUGGGGGUGACUUACGUGCUGGUACUGAUGGGGCCCACCGAGGGUCAGGUUGCUAAUGCAUUCUACUAUACCCGCGCUGUCUUACUUUCCUCCCAGGGCCUGUUCGUAGCACUAUUUUAUUGUUUCCUGAUCACGGAAGUGCAAAAUGCAGUGAGGCAUCAUAUUGUACGGUGGACGACGGCCCGUGAUCUGGAUACCGAGAGAAGAUAUUAUAACAAUUGGUCACCUCGCUCGAGAACAGAGAGUAUAAGAUUGUAUUGCCCUCCGUCGCACACGUAUAGAAAAAGAGACUCGUCGGUCAGCGAGACGACCACCACGACGGUGAUCGUUGUGAACUCGACGACGACGUUCCUGGAUAAAUCAAAGAAAGCCAUCUCUGAGGAUCUGAAUGAGUAGAACCGGGGCGCGACGAGCGUUGAAACCUGCCGAACGAUAUAACACGUGAUCUACCUUCGAGCAGAGAAUUUGCAGGUUCAGCGAUCGCUAAGGAAUGGUUGGAGAAAUCACAAGAUCUGAACGUAUGAGACAAUGCUUCAACAAUGUUUUUUAUUUGGAAUCUUCAUUGCGUUAGAAAAAAAUUGGAUAUUUCUUUCAUCCCGCCAUUCACGCAUUCAUUCGCCGGCACGUUUUGCAUCCUAGCACUCUCACGUGUCCUUCGUUAGUUGUUUAUCUUUCUUUCUUUUUUCUUUUUUUUUUAUCGUUCG